UUCAAAUUGAAUUUAGGUAUGAAAAGUCAAUUGAUCUCAUCCUACAACUCGCCUACUAGAUUGCUUGACUUUUUUUUUCUGUCAGCAAUCCUUACAAAAAAGAAGCCUUUAGAAAACUGUAAACGCUGUAGCAGGAGUAUAAACUAUCAUCAAGGAUAUUGUAGUGCAUUCUUGAAGUUAAUCAUAAGAACCUUCCCAAUAAUGGAGACUACUCCAAGCACCAAAGUUCCAUGCAUAUUUCUUUGUUCAUUAGUUCUUAUUUUCUCAAUGCCAUGGAGCACUAAAGCUCAAAUUCAUGAGAGAUUUCUUCGGUGUCUUCAUUCUCAGAACAAUGACUCAAUCUCCCAAGUCAUUUAUACGCCAACAAACACUUCGUAUAAUUCUGUUCUGCAAUCUUCCAUACAGAACAUAAGAUUUUUAUCUCCCAUGGAAAGAAAGCCAUUGGUCAUAGUUACGCCACUGAGCAAUUUUCACGUUCAGUUAGUUGUUAAUUGUGCAAAAUCCAAUGACUUACAGAUCAGAGUUAGAUCAGGAGGCCAUGAUUACGAGGGUCUUUCUUAUCUUUCCUAUUAUCUCCAGCCAUUUGUUAUUGUUGAUAUGAGGAAUCUGAGUAGAAUAUCCAUCGAUACUGAGAGUAAAACGGCCUGGAUUGGAGCUGGAGUAGGCCUUGGCAAACUCUAUCAUGCAAUUGCUGAGAAGAGCCCCAAUCUUGGCUUUCCAGCAGGUACAUGUCCUACCGUAGGAGCAGGUGGACACAUUAGUGGGGGAGGAGAAGGCACGUUGACGCGAAAAUAUGGCCUAGCUGCUGACAAUGUCAUUGAUGCUAAAAUUGUGAAAGCGGAUGGAGCAAUUCUUGAUAGAAAAUCAAUGGGAGAGGAUCUUUUCUGGGCUAUUAGAGGUGGAGGAGGAGCCAGUUUUGGAGUAAUUCUUGCGUACAGGAUCCAAUUGGUAUCCGUUCCAUCGAUAGUUACUGUUUUUUCAGUCAACAGAUCUUUAGAACAGAACGCAACCAAGCUUGUCCACCUGUGGCAACAAAUUGGAUAUAGGCUUGAUCGAGACUUACUCAUCAGAGUUUUUAUUACACAGGCGAGGAGUGGUGGAAAAUUAACAGUUCAAGCUGCAUUUCAAUCUUUGUACCUCGGAACAGUUGCCAAGCUUCUACCACUGAUGCAAGAAAGCUUCCCUAUGCUGGGAUUGCGCAAAGAAGACUGCACAGAGUUGAGCUGGAUUGAGUCUGCUCUUUAUUUUGCUGAUCUCCCAAGUGGAUCAACUGUAGAUGAUUUGGUACGCAGCACUCCAUAUCCCAAAAAUUAUUACAAAAACAAAUCAGACUACGUAGUCGAGCCCAUCUCUGAAGUUGCAUUGGAAGGAUUGUGGAAAAGACUCUUCGAAGAAGGGGCUGAGGCAGGUAUGCUUAUCCUUUCACCAUCUGGUGGAAGGAUGUUUGAGAUUUCAGACUCUGAAACUCCAUAUCCACACAGAGCUGGAAACAUAUACCAGAUUCAGCAUAUCGCUUCUUGGACUGAAGAGGAGAAUGCAAACUCACAAAGAUACAUAGAUUGGAUCAGGAGGCUUUACAAAUACAUGGCUCCAUUUGUUUCCAAAUGUCCCAGAGCUGCAUACCUGAAUUAUAGAGAUUUGGACUUGGGAACCAACAUGGAAGGCAACACCAGUUUUGCACAAGCUAGUGUCUGGGGUAUGAAGUAUUUUAAGAAAAAUUUCUACAGGUUGGCCCAUGUGAAGCAGGAGGUUGAUCCAAGCAAUUUUUUCAGAUAUGAGCAGAGCAUCCCUCCUUUCUUAUCCUCGAUUAAAUGGAGAAAUGCUUAAAGGAUUGGUGCAUAAAAACAUAUAUGAAAAGGUCAUCUAUAAGAAAUAACUACAUAUGGGUACAACUACAGUUAGCUUAGGUCAGUAUGUGUUUUCUUUUGUAUACUUGAUACAGUUGUGUAGUUUAGUAAACUUGGAAAUAUGUAAUACAUCUGUGUAGAUGUUUGAUUAUGUUAGUGCUGUAUACUAGAUACACUUUGUGGUUUAAUAAACUUCGAAAUAUGUAA